UUAACUUAUUUCAUCCCUUCAAACCCUAGGGUUUCCUCUGAGUAAUAUUUGACUUAGGGUUUUGCAUUCGCUCACAGAUCUGCUCAGUCGUCGCAUCAACCCUCUGAUCUGUGAAGAUGUAUACGUCAAGGAGGAAAAUCCAAAAAGAUAAGGAUGCUGAACCGACUGAAUUUGAGGAGUCAGUUGCACAGGCAUUAUUUGAUUUGGAAAAUACCAACCAGGAGCUCAAAAGUGAAUUGAAGGACCUAUACAUCAAUUCUGCAGUUCAAAUUGAUGUCUCUGGGAGCCGGAAGGCUGUUGUUAUCCAUGUCCCCUACAGACUGAGGAAAGCUUUUCGCAAAGUUCAUGUCAGACUUGUGAGAGAGCUUGAGAAAAAAUUUAGUGGAAAGGAUGUGAUCCUGAUUGCAACUCGGAGGACAGUGAGGCCCCCAAAGAAAGGUUCUGCUGCCCAGCGCCCCCGGAGCCGAACACUUACUGCUGUGCAUGAGGCCAUGUUGGAGGAUGUUGUUGUACCUGCUGAGAUUGUUGGGAAGCGUGUUAGAUACCGUAUUGAUGGGUCCAAGAUAAUGAAGAUUUUCCUCGAUCCCAAGGAAAGGAACAACACUGAGUACAAACUCGAGACCUUUGCUGCAGUUUACAGGAAGCUAUCAGGCAAAGAUGUUGUGUUUGAAUACCCACAAACGGAGGCUUAGAAAUACCAGUUGUUACAGCCUUGCUCUUCCGGAAGUAUCUUAAGUUUGUUGGUUUAUUUAAAGUUUUGACAUUGAGGAUUUUGUUUGUAAGGCAGAAAACAUGUGAAGCUUAUUUUUUCUUAGCAUAUUAUGGAAUUUUAAUUAAUGGAAUAUGUUCUGUUAUGGGGGUA